AGUUUUGAAGAUAAAAUUCAGCGUGAACCAUUAGGAAGUGAAAUAUAUUGAUAACAAAAUACGUAUAAAGACUUGUUGAUUAUACAAGAAGUUAAAAUUUGACAAAAGUUCCAAAUGUUUGAAGAAUUGAUUAUAGUUCAAAGUGUAAUUUGAAUUAGAAAAUAUCUAGUGAAAUAUUUUCCUUAAAACUUUGAGGAUGUCUGAAAUAGAAGAUAAAUUUGUUUUACCAAAGCGUUACGCCGAUUCAACAGAAAGUGUGUGGACGGAAUAUAUCCAGAUGGCAAUUGACCACAAACCCUUGAAUUUGGGGCAGGGAUUUCCAGAUUUCCCACCACCACAGUACAUUCUCGACACUCUGAGAGACAUUGCUAGUGGACCAAAUUACAUGCUCAACCAAUAUACAAGAGGGUUUGGUCACCCAAGGCUUGUAUCAGCACUUUCCAAACUCUAUUCGAAAUUGAUUGGAAGGGAAAUCAAUGAGCGUACAGAAAUUCUCACAACUUCAGGAGCAUACGAAGCUCUUUUUUCUACCAUCAUGGGACAUACAGACGAAGGAGACGAAGUUAUCAUAAUAGAACCGUUCUUUGAUUGCUAUGAACCCAUGGUGAAGUACGCUGGAGGAAUACCAAGGUUCAUACCGCUUAGACCAAAACCUGUAUCUGGAAGACUACCCACAACAUCUGACUGGGUCCUAGACAAAGACGAAUUAGAGAAUAUUUUCAAUGAAAAAACUAAAAUGAUCAUAGUGAAUAGCCCAAAUAACCCAUUAGGCAAAGUUUUCAAUGAAGACGAAUUAAACCACAUAGCAGACUUGUGCAAAAAAUGGAAUGUACUGUGCAUUUCUGACGAAGUCUACGAAUGGAUGGUCUAUGAACCUAACAAACAUAUCAGAAUGGCUACUCUACCAGGGAUGUGGGAAAGAACAAUAACGAUUGGAUCUGCUGGUAAAACAUUCAGUGUUACAGGGUGGAAAGUGGGAUGGGCUUAUGGCCCAGCUAACUUGAUGGUGAAUUUGCAAAUGAUCCACCAGAACAGCGUUUACACAGGCGUUACUCCUAUACAGGAAGCUGUGGCUAUUGCAUUUGAGAAAGAAACGGAACGACUAGGGACAGACGAAUGUUACUUUACGUCUCUACCCAAAGAACUAGAAGCUAAAAGGGAAUUUAUCACCAAGUUUCUAGUCGAUGUUGGUAUGAGACCAAUCAUCCCUGAAGGUGGAUACUUCAUCAUAGCUGAUUGGACACCCCUAGAAUCACGGGCAGAUCUUGACUCGGAGAAAGACGAAUACAAGGACUACCGAUUCACAAAAUGGAUGUCGAAAAAAGUUGGAUUACAGGGUAUUCCACCAUCAGCAUUCUACAGUGUUGCCCAUAAACAUUUAGGUGAAAACUUCGUCCGAUAUUGUUUCAUAAAGAAGGAUGAGGAACUUCAAAAAGCUGCAGACAUUUUGCAAAAAUGGAAAUCCAAUAUAAUAGAUUGAAUAUUCAGUAUGGCCAACCCCCUUACUUAUAUCUUUCGACCUACUGAGUAGGUAUUUCCUUUGCCCAAAGUGAUAAAUGAGAAGCAACUUAAUGAUGUAUAAUUAAUAUUGUUUCCAAAAUAAACAUGAUGAU